AUGUGGGUGACACUUGUGAAGACGAGCUUUGUUCUUGGUCGCAUUCUACUUGCUCAUUACAGACUUAAGGCGGCCAAGGCAAGUGUCGAAGAAAUUGAAGGCCUAGCUGCUGAGUUACUUGACUGUCAACAGAAGGAGACGCCGAUAAACUACGAGCCAAGUGGCAUUGCUAGUAUUCACGAAUACCACCUUCAGGUUUUCUACCAGUUUGUUCAACCGUGUUCUGUACGUGUCUCUGAUCUAACAUAUGUCAGCGCGAGUGUGACUGAUCUAUAUCGACCAUAUAUAUUAAAUGCCCCUUCGUCAUUUCCGGAAAACUCCUCUGCAAUCUGGCAGAAAGUUGCCCAGAACCGCGCACGAGAAGCUGUACUGGCUACAAAUCAAGCCCUUGAGAAAAUAAUCGAUCUAGACCUCGUCAAAUCCAUCAAGCCCAUGUUCUUGCGCGAUACAUAUUGGAGCGCUGGUGUCAUGUAUCAACUCUUCGAUCGUGCGCGGGAUAUCUUAGAUAAUCGCAACAACAGGACCCAGGACUUGACAACUACUCAAAAUUUUACUGCUCCUUCCAAUGUGAACCAUCAAGUCUUUGAACAAGAGGGUAACGAACCCACGGUGGAGAUAAUGACAUCCAAUCUUGCACCAUUUAUCCCGGAUGGCGCUAGUGGCGUACUUGGUGCAGAAGACUUUGCAAGCGAUUUCGAUGCAAAUUACUCUACAGAUUUUGACGCUCUUGAGUAG